UCUUUCUGUCCCUCGCUUCUCUCCUCCGCCUCUACAUUACAUUUUAGUCAUUCAGCAGAUGUUUUUAUGUGACUUACAGUAGUGAGGUCAUACAUUUGACAAAAUACUUUCCCCCCCACACUGGUCCCCAGUGGGACUCAAACCUACAACCCUGGCAAUUUCAAGCACUAUGCUCUACCAACUGAGUUACUCUCCUCUCCCUAUCUCUGUCCUCCCCCUCUCCCUUUCUCUCCUCCCCAGGAGUAGAAUGCUGUUGGAAGUAUAAUGUGUGAUCUCUCCGUCUCUCCUCCCCAGGUGCAGGCCAUUAAGCUGUUGGUGCGUUGGCUCCUCGGUAUGAAGAACAAUCAGUCUAAAUCGGCCAACUCCACCCUCCGACUGCUGUCCGCCAUGCUGGUCUCAGAGGGAGACCUCACAGAACAGAAAAAGAUCAGUAAAUCAGACAUGUCUCGUCUGCGUCUGGCAGCAGGAGGAGCCAUCAUGAAGCUGGCCCAGGAACCGGUUUACCAUGACAUCAUCACACCGGAACAGUUCCAACUCUGUGGGCUGGUUAUCAACGAUGAGUGUUACCAGGUGCGUCAGAUCUUUGCCCAGAAGUUACACCUGGCUCUGGUCAAGCUGCUCCUCCCAUUAGAGUACCUGGCCGUCUUCUCGCUGUGUGCCAAAGACCCGGUCAAGGAGAGGAGGGCCCACGCCAGACAGUGUCUGCUCAAGAACAUCAGUAUCAGACGGGAAUUCAUCAACAACAACCCCCUGGCCCACGAUAAGCUGGUGUCUCUCCUACCAGAGUAUGUGGUUCCUUAUAUGAUCCACCUGUUGGCUCAUGACCCAGACUUCACCAAGCCACAGGACUUCGAACAGCUCCGAGACCUCAAGGAGUGCCUGUGGUUCAUGCUAGAGGUGUUGAUGGUGCAGAAUGAGAACAACAGUCACGCCUUCCUGAGGAAAAUGGUGGAGAACAUCAGCAGACCAAAAGACGCACAGUGUCCUGACGACCCGAAGGCUAACGAGAAGCUGUACAUCGUGUGUGACGUGGCGUUGUUCGUGAUCGUUAACAAGUCGACCGCCUGUCAUCUGGAGUCUCCUAAAGACCCCGUCCUGCCCAGCAAGUUCUACACUCCUCCUGACAAGGACUUGAUCAAUGAUAAGGAGUAUUUAUCAUCAGAGGCCAGAACAGUGCUGCUGACGGGAAAGCCAAAGCCAUCUCCUGUCUUGUCUACAGUGAAUAAGACUCUGACGGUGCCAGGUAGGAGAGUCUACAACAAGACCACCGGCUCAGACAGCAACACCAGUACCCACUCCCAGCCCAGCUCUCCUGUUACCAAGACCAGGGAUGUUGUGACGGAGUCGUCAGAGGGCGGGGCGAGAGAGAAUGAAGAGAACCCUGUUAUCACCAAGACGGACGACGGGAAGAAGGAGGACACAGUGACCUCUGACCUCACCACAGGUGCGUCAACCAUCCCCAAACCUCGCCGCGGACGCCCCCCCAAGGCCGCACCCUCCCCUCUGGCCAAUGAGAAGGAAGGAGGGCAGGCAAAGGCAGGAAGAGGGCGGCACCUGCCCAGGACUCCGCCCCCUCGGGGGAGCCAAACUCCAUCAAGAUCCCUAAAGCUGAGGAUGUGACGCAGAUCCUAGACCUGCAGAGGUAAACAGCAGACCACUGCAGCCCAGAUCAAGACCCUAAAGAAACUCUCUCUCUCUGUCUUUCUUUCUCUCUCUCUUUCUCUCCUCUCUUUCUUUCUUUCUCUCUGUCUCUCUCUCUCUCUUUCUCUCUGUCUCUGUCUCUGUCUCUCUCUCUCUCUCUCUGUCUCUGUCUCUCUCUUUCUCUCUGUCUCUGUCUCUCUCUGUCUCUCUCUCUCUCUCUCUCUCUCUCUCUCUCUCUCUCGUAGUCCUGAUCUGAUUCUCCGUUGUAUGUGGGUCUUAAUCUCAAACAUUGUUUUUGUUGCUCUUUAUCUUUUGUGGAGCAGUUGUUUUGAAAAGAAAUAUUUCCAAACCGUUUUAAUCUGGUUUUGAUGACAAAACAAGUUGUUGCUUAUUAAAUUUCCCCCCAGGAUAUAUUGCCUCUUCCUCCUCUGUCCCCUCCUUCCUGUCUCUCUCUGUCCCCUCCUUCCUGUCUCUCUCUGUCCCCUCCUUCCUGUCUCUCUCUGUCCCCUCCUUCCAGUCUCUCUCUGUCCCCUCCUUCCAGUCUCUCUCUGUCCCCUCCUUCCAGUCUCUCUCUGUCCCCUCCUUCCAGUCUCUCUCUGUCCCCUCCUUCCAGUCUCUCUCUGUCCUCUCCUGCCUGUCUCUCUCUCUGUCCUCUCCUUCCUGUCUCUCUCUCUGUCCUCUCCUUCCUGUCUCUCUCUCUGUCCCCUCCUUCCUGUCUCUCUCUCUCUGUCCCCUCCUUCCUGUCUCUCUCUCUGUCCCCUCUCUCUGUCCCCUCCUUCCUGUCUCUCUCUGUCCCCUCCUUCCUGUCUCAAUCACCCUGUCUCUCUAUCAUCAGUGUGUUUAUUUUAUAUAGGUUAAAACUUGGCUAUUAUGUACUUAAGCCAUAUAUAUAUACUGUAUGUUUGGCUGUCUGAUAAACACACACACAGUUCUUUCUCACACUUGUUUGAGGAGGGAAGGAGAGAAGGAGAAAGGGAAGGAGAGAAGGAAUUUGGGCAGUCUUCAGAGAAAGCGGUGUACAAGCAGGGGAUAACUGAUGAAGAGACAAACAUGACUU